AUGUCUACUCCCGCAAAACCCCAUAACGUGUGCAAAGGGUGCAGAUCAAGAAAGAAGAAAUGCGAUGGUAAUCGACCGUCUUGCUCAUCAUGCACCGUGAGAGGGCAGCUCUGCUACUAUGAAAGAAGCGACAGGCAGAAUCUUGGCCAUCGAAUUUCUGGUCGUGUAAAUGGAGGAAUCGCGAUGAAUCCCGCUCUCCAGGACUGGACUUCAUGGCCGGUGGACGAAAUCGACGCGCUUCUAGGAUUAGAUGCCAUUGAGACUAUCCCAUCUUGUAUGGCUGGGUCACAGCUGGAGGAUUCUCACGAGUGGAUGUCCAACAAUGAGCUGCUAGGAACUGCCGUUCAAGAUUCUUUCCCUGCUAAUGUGAACCUCGCUAUACUUCAGAAUAUUGGUUCACACACGACACAUGUACCUCCGCCUCUGAAGUCACCGCCAGAACUGCCAGAGCUACCAGAGAUACUGCAGUUGAUCGACUUGUUCUUUGACAAGUUCUAUCACUAUGUGCCCAUAUUUCACCGACAGGCCUUGCUCUCUGCUAUUGAGUCUCAAGGCAUCCAGGGAGUACCGCCGGUCUUGCUCUUCUCCAUCAUUGCUAUUUCAUCCAGCGCCCACCCUGACUUACGGAUACGAGAAUCUCAGAGAAUCUGGUACGAAGAGGCAAAGAGCCGAGUCUCCAAAGAUAUACAACUGUCGCACCAUGUUCUUCAAACUUUGCAAGCCGCAGUCCUGGUCGUCUAUCUGGGACUGGCAAUGGUGGAUUAUUCGCCGUGUAUAGUCAUUCUCGGCGAGGCUUGGAGAAAGACUGUUGCCAUCGACCACCACAGCUAUGGCGCUACCUUGAGAAAUAUGAUUGUAGAGUCAUUAAGCACCCAAGAAAAAGCGACGUGGGUAGAGAGAGAGGAGUUUGUAAGAACCGCAUGGAUGCUUUUUAUUAUGGAUCGAGCCAUGUGUUUUCCGAUCGGAUUGAUGCAUGCAAUAGACGACCGGAGGAUGACGAUUGAGCUUCCAAUGUCGGAGCAUGACUUUCAAAGCACCAAUGGGCCUGUUUCAAGGCAUUCUAGUCGCUUCUCUCAUAACCUAAGUAAGCUGAUCUCAACCAUUCGAGACAACAGCUUGCACGGUGUGGCAAAUCAGCUGCAAUACAUCAUUCUGGUUUAUACCUUAAUUGGCCGCAUCAGCGAAGCGCUUGACGCUGCCAACGAUGAAGAAGAGCAAAUGGAGCGAAUGGAGCGAAUAGAGUCGCUUUGCAAUAAUCUCAUUGAGAUUCGCCUGAUGCUUCCGCGCUCUGCCACCGAGCUUUCAUUUGCCAACUAUGACGAAUUUACGCAGGUCCUUUGGCUCAAUAUUGGCUUGAGCACCUGUACUAUCCUCUUACACCAGAGGCCUCUUCACGAAGGCGAAACCCUCGACGAUACUGGAACGGAAAUGGCUAACAACUGGCCACGCUGCGUCGCCGCCGCUCGAGCCUCAAUAGCCAUCCUUCGAGAUGCUUCUCGCGUGUCUAUAGAUUUCGUGAGCAAUGCGCAUAUUCCGUGUCUGCUCUUUUCCAGCUGCAGGAUCCUGAUGAAUGAAUACUUUUGCCCCUCAAAGCAUCAAAGAGAAGCUAGGGACGGUGGCCAGCCGCCUAUGGGUCACGAUCCCAAGGUGCGAGAAGACUUGCAAGUCAUUGCUUCGACGUAUGCGAGAAUGAAGGAGGAGUGGCCGGCUCUGGGCAAGAAAUUCGGCAAGGGAAUGUACUUUUAUCUGCAUCAAGGGGCAGAAUUUGCGCGAAAGUCAAAGAUUGCCGGUGCUCGAAGUCUAGUUGGAGUGUGCGACAACUGGGGGACUAUUCCUGAUGACUAUAAACUGGACAUUCCAAGCUGA